AAUAUUUAGCGGCUACUCAAUUGGCUAAUGUCUGAAUUUUGUUUACUUUUACGCUCAUGCUUAAUGUUUAUGGUUUUUCAAUAAACUUACUUCUAAAGUUUUAAUCUCAACAUCCAGUUUUUAAACAAGACGUGCUAGACUGAACAUAGAUUUUUUUUUGUUUUAAAAUCUAUCAUCCAAUAACAUACAUCAUCAUGGCUACUAUGCCAGUUAAUCCAAAACCAUACCUUAAUGGUCUUAUGGGUAAAACCAUAAUCGUUAAACUUAAGUGGGGUCAUGAAUAUAAAGGAUUUUUGGUAUCUACUGACAAUUAUAUGAACAUACAAUUAGCUAGUGCUACAGAAUUUGUAGAAGGUAGUGAACCUGCAUUAUUAGGUGAAAUUAUGAUUAGGUGUAAUAAUGUCCUUUACAUUAGAUCAGUUGAUGAUGAAAAUGAAGAACCUGAUGCAGAAAUGAAAGAAUGAUUUAAUAUAAACACAUCCACAUUCAUAAAAUAAAAAUAAUUUUUUUGUAUAAACUGCCAUUUGCAUACAUUUUAAAUGAAAUAAAUACUUUUUGUUUAAA